GGAGGAGGGGGGUGGAGGGAACAGAGCCCGGGGUUAGGGGACCACUGAGGUUCUGGAGAUGAGAAGCCAAGAGUCCUUCCCCACCAUGAACCCCCUCCACGACUGCAGCUUUUCCCAGUCUGUGCUUCCCUGGGGGGAUGGAGGCCGAGAGACCCCAGGAAGAAGAGGAUGGUGAGCAGGGCCCCCAACAGGAUGAGCAUGGUUGGCCCCCUGUGAACACCAACACUCGGCCUUGGCGAUCUGCUCCUCCGUCCCCUCCUCCUCCAGGGACCCGCCACACAGCCCUGGGACCCCGCUCGGCCUCCCUGCUCUCCCUGCAGACUGAGCGCCUCCUGGACCUGGUGGCUGAGGCCCAGUCCCGCCGCCUAGAGGAGCAGAGGGCCACCUUCCACGCCCCCCAGAACCCCCCAAGCCGAGUUCCAGCCCCACUUCGGCCUCUUGAGGACAGAGAACAGCUCUAUAGCACCAUCCUCAGUCACCAGUGCCAGCGGAUGGAAGCCCAGCGGUCAGAGCCUCCCCUACCUCCAGGGGGGCAGGAGCUCCUGGAGUUGCUGCUGAGAGUUCAGGGUGGGGGUCGAAUGGAGGAGCAAAGGUCCCGGCCCCCCACACACACCUGCUGAGACUUGAGCCCCACACCAGCCCCUCUGCACUCCUGGGGCUCAAAGCUGGGCAGCCCGUUGCAUGCCAUCAACCCUGCUUGGCAGGGCCACUAGAGACUGGAAGACUCAUCAGAAAUCUCAAUAUUCAUCGCCUUCAUCUACCUUCCCUGGGAAUUGGAGGGGGUGUAAGUCCUCAAACCUUAGGAAUAGUCAAGGUAGGAUGGUCAUUUAACUCCCUCCCCAGUACAUGGGAGCUUGAGGCAGUGAGAAGAUCCCAGCCACCAAGGGAUACUACAACCCCUCCUCUGAUCGCAGGGAGUGGCUGGGAGUCUUGGUCCUGAGCUGUGGGGACACCCCCAGUAGUCAAGCCACUAGACAGGAUCUGAGGGCUCAGACCUCCAUCUCCCAAGAAAAGGCAUAUCUCCCAAGGUUGUGACCUGAGUGAGUGUUCCACCCUUCUUCCCAAUAAGAAAAGAAGGGAGAGUGGGCACAGCAAAGAGAUAAAGACUCUUCUCUCACCCCCACCACAGCAACCGCAGUCCCAAGACUGAGGGGCCUACAGGCUGUGAAUGGACAUUUAGCCCUGCCCACCCUCCCCACUGCUGCUCUGAGUCUGUCUGAUGUUUUGACUGUACGAAUAAAUAUAAUUCCCCUCUGGA